AUGUCUUCCUCGCUGCAAUUUCCCCUUCAACCCAUUGUCUCUGAAGUUGAUCUUCCCAUAAUCGACUUCACCAAACUUCCACAAGAGUUGGAUAAUGAAGAACUGAGCCACCUUAGAGAUCAUCCCAUGCUCGCCAAACUAAGAGAGGCCUGCGUAGAAUGGGGAUUUUUCUGUCUUGUCAACCAUGGAAUUUCAGUAGAGCUUCUGGAUAUGGUUCAGAAUGUUAGCCGAGGUUUAUUGUCCAUGCCGAUCGACGCUAAAGACAGAGCCACAACUUGUAAUCCAUUUGAUAGUUACCAUCGAAGUCCGAACUUUGAGACAUUCAAUAUUCUUGAAACCUUGAAAUCAGAUUCCUUAGAGCAAAUGUGUUUAAAGAUAUGGCCGGAAGGAAAUCUAUCAUUCUGCGAGACGAUGGCAACGUACGCUUCGUGUGUCUCAAGUCUUGCGCAAAAAAUCACAAAAGUAAUUCUUGCAAGUCUGGGGUUGGAUGCCAAGGCCAUCUACCACUCUCACUUCGAAAAGUGCACAUCAAGAAUGCGGAUAAUUGGCUAUUCAUCGCACCAAAAAAAUAUCGGGGAGGAAACUCUGCGUUCUCAUGCAGACAGCGGGUGCCUCACUAUACUUUAUCAAGAUGAUAAGGGAGGUCUUGAGAUUCGAUCUAAGGAGGGCAAGUGGUUCGACGUCAAACCUCUCUCUCAUUCAUUUGUUAUCAAUCUGGGGGACUCCCUCAAGGCGUGGAGUAAUGGCAGAUACCGCAGCGCAGAGCAUCGCGUUGUUUGUAAAGGGUGGAUAGAUCGUAUGUCUGUUGGCUUUUUUACUUCAUUUCCAAUGGAGACGGAAAUCUGGGCGCCUGCGGAGCUUGUGGAUAACAGCAAUCCAAGGCGUUACAAGCCUUUUAUAUUCUCCCAAUUCAGACAUGAACUUCGAGCAAACGGAGAAGACAGAGAUAGAGCUACCGUUCUCGAACGAUUUGCAGGCAUAUAA